AACGGGUUAGAAACUAAAAUACAUACUCUCUUUUCAUUUUCCUCACAAUAUCGUUGCUACGCGUAGCUGGACCGAACGAGCUGCAUUUUGCAUUACGAGUGCUUAUCUAUCUUACUGGCUUGAUACCCGAUUCCGAUGCUAUUUACAACUUGAAUCCAAGCGCCACCAUUAUAGAAAUUCGCCCAUUGAGCUCCCACUUUGCUACAUUUAACUUUCCCUAGUGCUUCGCCAACUCGGUAUCCCCAUGGCGGAUCGAGUUUUGGCGGCGAGGCACGCAGCCAAUGCGGACGCUUUGUCUCCGAGGGAUACCAAUGCUCAGCUGCCAUAUCGGACGGCUGAUGCCGCUAAAGCUAAGGCCGCACCAGCUCCGAAGGCCGUCCAGAAAGAAAAAGAAACUCCUCCACAGCCGCCUCCCAUCGUUUACGAACCACCGAGCUUCGACCGAAAAGAUGGGGCUGGUUAUCAAGUUGGAAAAAUGCUUGGAAAGGGUGGUUUCGCUGUGUGCUAUGAAGGUUACCUCCCGACGAGCAAGGGUAAGAGGAAGUAUGCGUUGAAAAUUGUUAGGAGCAAGAUGCCGUCGAAGAUGGAACAAAAGUUUCAAACGGAGCUGCAAAUCCACUCCAAGAUGAAGCAUCAAAACAUCGUACAAUUCCUCAGAGCCUUUUCUUUUGAAAGCUGUACCUAUCUUGUCCUCGAAUUAUGCCCAAAUGGAUCAUUAAUGGACAUGGUCAAGCGAAGAAAGGGUUUAACGGAGCCGGAAGUUCGAUUUUACUCGGUGCAGAUUGCAGGUGCUAUCAAAUAUAUGCACGCCAAGGGUAUCAUCCACCGAGAUUUGAAGAUGGGUAACAUCUUCCUCGACAAGGAUAUGAACGCGAAGAUUGGCGACUUUGGUUUGGCUGCAUUACUGGUGACGGGCAAGGACAUGCAAACAAUUCGUCGAACUACGCUGUGCGGGACGCCGAAUUAUAUUGCCCCGGAAAUUCUAGAGAAGGGGAAGAAGGGCCAUGACCAUAUGGUUGAUAUAUGGAGUUUGGGUAUCAUUAUGUUUGCGAUGCUCACUUCUAAGCCGCCCUUUCAAUCUUCAACCACCGAUGAAAUCUAUCGCCGAGCGAGAAAUCGCGAUUACGAAUGGCCUAAACCCGAGAGUUCUAACAAAUACAUCUCACAAGAGGCGAAAGAUGUUGUUGCUACCAUGCUGGAAGAAGCAGAUAGACGACCAGACCCCGACACAAUUGUCCAACAUGACUUCUUCCUUUCAGGGUAUGUCCCGUCCUCGGCGGAGAUGACAACAAAGUUGCGGGAUUAUCCGCCCGAUGGCGAUCAAUUUUAUACUAUAGACCUUACACCAAAGAUGGCCUCCCAGAACCUGCGCAAUUUGAAAGAAAUGUGCAAGAACUGUGAGGUUGGCCCCUGGAACACUAUGCCAUUGACAUAUAAGAGUACGUGGAGAGAGGUUGCUCUCGAAGAAAAGGCUGGAUUAACUCCAAUCAUCCCACUGGCCGAAGGUAUUGUUUACAGACCUUAUGAAGAGGUUAGCAAAGAACAAAAUCUCGUCCAGGUGCCGUCUCGGCCAGCUCAGUCGGUUACGAAUGAGGAGGAGGAAACUGGAACACAAUCCGGAGCCAACGGCUUAAUGCGAGCCCCACCUCAGAGUUUUGCGGCGCAACAGCGAGCACAGAGUAGGCCAACUAAGCCUGCUGGUGUGCCUCGAUCUCGUGCAUUGGGCGAAAUGCCCGCGCCUAGUGCUAGCAGUAGCGUACGAUCACGUACCAGGCGUGAGCUUCCCAAGGCCGCCACAGAGAGCCGACUCGCAUCGAGAACAACCAUAUUGCCUUCGACGCUUAGCUCCCACCGUAUUGCAUCAGCGGAAGUAUCAGCACCUACUUCUACACCAAGGGACGAAGCCCCAAUCCAGAGAAAACAAAGCGAGCGUGCGGCGGCGCCCAGUGCAACAGCAGCGUUUACUGGAACACUCUUCGGAUCAACAGAACGCAAGAUGGCAGUACCAGAGACGCAGCCUGACUAUGUGUUGGAUAGGCUUCAUUCUUUGCAAAGUGAGCUUGAACGAGCUCUAAACUCAAGAUCAAUGGCGAUUGUGGGUAAGGCACCGACACCUUCUCCGCCCCAUAUCGUUGUGAAGUGGGUAGACUAUUCCAACAAGUUUGGCUUAGGUUAUAUCCUGAAUGAUGGAAGCGUGGGUUGCGUACUGAAGAGCAUACCUGGCAGCGCUAAGGGAGGCAAGACUGUUACAUUGCCGCCUAGUUGCAUCUUGGUUCGAGAGGCAGAACAACACUGCGCGCGACGGCACGAUCCUGGAUACCCCGAUAGAAACCAGAUUGUACCCAUGACUCAGGCAGUACAAUUUUACGAGAACAGUGGAGAGGCCGGCUUAUCUACUGUCUUUGUUCAUCCUUCACAGUUUAAGAUUAGCAUCGCUGAAGAUGGUACGCCGGGGAAGAUACCGGUCGGUCGCGACAUUUACGAUUAUCGAAAGCGGGAACACUUAAUCCUAUGGAAAAAGUUUGCCAACUAUAUGAUGGCAUAUGGCCGAGACCAAGAUAAUACGACUGACGACACUGGUCUAAUACAAAUUCCCACUUCGACCAAACAGACGAUGCCUCCGUGCGAUGUAGUCACUUUCUACCAAAGAAUUGGAGACGUUGGUUGCUGGGUCUUCGCGGACGGGCACCUCCAGUUCAAUUUCCCUGAUCAUACCAAGAUUGUCCUUGAUGCAACCGGGACUUGGUGCCAUUUCUGGCAUCUUCCUCAGGAAGCAGCUGAGAAAUUGGCAACUACGGGCGAAUUGGAUGAGACCGCACUCGACGAACGAGCUGUUUUGUCCUAUCCCUUGCAGACACUUCUCAAUUUUGCUACCAAGCCGGCUAUCCGACCAACGCGUAAUGCUACGCGCAAGCGACCGGAUAUUAACCCCAUGCUACAAGGCAUCCCCGCCGCUAAUGACUUCCGUCGAAAGAUUGAAUUCAUUAAGAAUAUUGUUAAAGAGUGGGUUACGAACGGUGGUUUAGGGAAUAGUAAUAUGGAUCGCGAACACCGCCAACAGUGGACCGGUUCCCGCGAGACGGUUCAUAGUGGACCCAGCAAGCACGUAUGGGUCACAAUUGGAGCUCGUUGGGGUGACGAGAGAUACUCGGCUCUUGUCGAUCCUAAGAAACCCGGAGAAUUGGGCAGCGAAGUUGAGUCUAAAUCGAGCUCUUGAAGUUGUACAUUCAUACAACUUAGAUAUCCGGUGACGAGCUGUAAGAGGUGAGAGAGAGUUUAGCGGCUACUGCUUUUUUAGGUGCCAUGAAUGAUGACUAGGCGUUCGCGUUCAUCAUUACUUCGAUUAAGAGUCUAGGGUUCAUUGCAUGGCGUAUAGGACACGGGAUAAUAUAAUAGUAGUUCGCAUUUAUCUAAUUUUUGCAUGAUGCUUGUAUUAUGAAUUGA